CCAUCACUGAGACGUCCACAUCUAUGGGCUGAGUCAGGUAGCUGGAUGGUUGCGGUCCUGGCAGAGGGCGGGAGCGGGGAAGUGUUUAGCGGGGUUGCUAUACAGCUGCUCGGUUUCCGGUGCACGCUGUUCCCUCCCUGCAGCCAUAGUUACCAGGUGCCCGCGUAGCUGACGUGACCUGAAGAUGGAUGCUGAGCAGAGCAUGGAGAGCGGACAGAGCCAGGUUGCGGAAAAUCCACAUUCUGAAUUUGGUCUGACAGAAAAUGUUGAGAGAAUAGUAGAAAAUGAGAAGGCAAGCACAGAAAAAGGUUCCAAGCAGAAAGUGGAUUUACAGGCCCUGCCUACACGUGCAUAUCUUGAUCAGACAGUGGUUCCAAUACUUCUACAAGGCCUUUCUGUGCUAGCAAAGGAAAGGCCUCCAAAUCCAAUAGAAUUCCUAGCAGCUUACUUGUUAAAAAAUAAGACUCAGUUUGAAGAACGAAGCUAAUGGACAAUACUGGAAAAGAAUGGAACAGGUGACCAAAAAAGAGUUCUUUUUAAAAACAUCAUGAAUUCAAAGUAGAGAACAUUCAAUCAAGAAUUCGACUUUGAAUGAGACCCAUAGCGGACUCAUUUUAUUUAACUCUUGACCUUGUAUGUCUCUUGCAAACUUAUGACCCGUUUGUUAUAAGUGACCUUUAGAGAAAUAAAAGCUUUUUAAAGUAGACAA